GUGCGUGUGCACGUUUGUGUGCGUGUGCGUGUGCGUGUGGGUGUGUGCGUGUGUGCGUGCGUGUGUGCGCAACAGAAGCAGCGCCCCCUUUUGUCAUGUCGCGUUCACUGUCAAGGUGCGUUCACUUGCUCCUUCAGUGUGCAGAGUGGAACAAGCUGCCGGUAUAGAAAUACAUUUUAAAAACGGUCUAUGUCCACUAGCUUCAUGUUUUAGGUUCUGUUAAAACAAGUAAGCUUCUUAUUUCUAUUUUGUUGCAACUUUUGCGUCCAUUCAAGCAAAAGCUGAGGUUUUUUUUGUUCAUUUAUUUUUUUUAAGAAUCAUCCAGUUGCUUUUUUUUUUUGUGCCCCAAGUUGAACGUUUUUUUUUUUUUUUGGAGGACAUGUCUCGCAAGAAGGCUGGCAGGGGUAAACACACAAGCAGCCCCGUCGGGAAAGGCAGUGGUGGUGAGAAAGGUGCGAGGAGCAGCCCCGCUAUUGUGCAGAUGAACGGGGUGGUCCAUCCCAGCAGACCCCCCAUCAGCAGCAGCAGCGAGUUUUAUGACAUUGCAUUUAAGGUGAUGCUCAUCGGCGACUCAGGUGUGGGCAAAACUUGCCUGUUGGUCCGCUUUAAAGACGGAGCCUUCUUGGCCGGCAGCUUCAUCUCCACAGUGGGCAUCGACUUCCGGAAUAAAGUCCUCAACAUUGAUGGAGUCAAGGUGAAGCUGCAGAUCUGGGACACAGCAGGCCAGGAGAGGUUCCGCAGUGUCACCCACGCUUACUACCGUGACGCCCACGCCUUGCUUCUGCUCUACGACGUCACUAAUAAAACAUCAUUUGACAACAUUCAGGCGUGGCUGACUGAGAUCCACGAGUACGCCCAACAGGAUGUGGUGCUCAUGAUACUCGGAAACAAGGCCGAUGCUACUCACGAGAGGGUGGUAAAGAGAGAGGACGGCGAGAGGCUUGCAAAGGAGUUCGGGGUUCCUUUCAUGGAGACCAGCGCUAGGACGGGUCUUAAUGUAGACUUGGCCUUCACUGCUGUGGCCAUGGAGCUGAAGCAUCGAUCGGCAAAGGAUGCGAGUGAAAACUUCAAGCUUCAAGAGUACGUGAGCAAGGAGGUUCAAAGUGCAAGCUGCUGCAGGUCCUAAAGAGGCCCUAAGAAGUGCUUAUGUGUGGUUGCUGGAUUGUCGACUGAGGGUCCGGAGGAAGUUCGUAAAAUCAUGUUUGUCUGUCGUCUUGCACCACCGAUGGUAUUUAGCUUCAUGUAGAAUCAGAGACUUUAUGUUAAGAACAAAUAAAGUGUUCCUACGUCAGUUAAGCUCACCAGCAUGGACUCCAAUGGAAGACGUUCUGAUGUUUGAGAAUGCCUUUUUCUUUCUUGUGCAUAAUUGUUAAUGUUGCUUAUUUUAACCUAAACAAGCUAGCUAUUUGUCUUGUAAUACUGCAUAACGUCACUGUGCAAUGAAAUGUUUUUUUUUUGUUUGUUUUUUUCUCUUUUUUUCCACCACAAAAACAAAGAAAAGUAAUUUUGGAUACACAUGUUUUUUUCAUUGGACAGAGUAUAGUGUGCAACAUCAAUGCAGGUGCAAUAAUAUAACAAUAUAAUAAUAAAGCCACCAAGUUGAACUGAUAGAUCAUAAAUCCACUCACAUUGCCUCUGACUUGUAAUAUACUGCCCCCUAGCGGUAAGAAGCGAACUUGAAAGCUAUUGAGGUUUAAAAAAAAAAAGGUUUUCAACAUAAAGGUAGCUUCCUUCAGUAUAUAUAUUUUUAAAUUAUUUAAAACAUGAUUAAUAACAAUAAUAUAAUAUUUAUACAUUUUAAUUUGAGAAAGGAUGUAUGUAAAUACUUAUGUUCCUGCAUGUAAAAAGGACAGACUUUAGAAUGUUUAACAUGUGAAAAUGAAGUAUUCUAUUGACAAAAAUAUGUAUAUUGAUGUGUAUAAUUUAUUGUAUUUCAUAUUCAUGACGGUGCAUUACAUUAAAUGGCUUUAUUUAACUAUACAUAAAUGAGAACCGGUAAGUUAUGUCAUGUUGUUUUAAAAAGAAAUUGCCGUUAAUAAUAAUAAUGUUGACUGGAAUCAUGCCACAGUGUUAAGAUCAUUUUUUGUACAUUUGCUUUAGUUGUUGGAAAUAAAUAGUAGGGAAGUAAGAUUUUACAUUCCGUAUUUCUUUUACUUUCUAAUGUUUGGGGUCCUUUUUUUCCUCACUACUUUUGACUACCAUGUCUUGUGACACAUGUAACUAAAGUGGUACAAUAAAACCCUGAAUGAGCUGAACAUUUUAGACGUGCUGCACAAAUGUGGAAUUUUGUUAUAGAAUUACGCUGAAAAAAUACAUAGAAAAGCACAUUUUGGAAUGUGAAAAAAUAAGCUGAACAGUUUGACACUUUGGAUGGGUUGAGAAAUGUGGACAUAGUUAAAGCAGGGGUGUCAAACUCAUUUUAGCUCAGCGGCCACAAGGAGAACAAUCUAUUACCAAGUGGGACGGACUGGUAAAAUCAUGGCAUGAUGACUUAAAAUUAAAGACAACUUCAGAUUGUUUUUUUUUUUGUUGAAAAAUAGAACAUAAAUCAUAAUGUUUUGUUUUUUUACACUUACGGUUAAUAGUAUUCUAUCUUCAUUUGUUGUUAUUUAUACUUUCUGAAUAAAUGUAUUGAUAAUGUUCAUUAGUCAAAAAGGUGGAAUUGAGUGUGGACGAGAUUUAAAUAACUCCUAUUGGUGUUAAUUUUCAAUCCAUCAGAAGAUGAAAUUAAUAAUAAUAUCAAAAUCGAAUUACAGGAUGUUAUUAAUGUAAUUUACUAAUUUUCCUUAACUGAUGUACUAACAUAAUGUGGUUUAUUUUGUGCAUAUUUAGCAUCAUCUACAACAAAACGUGUGAAUUUGGACUAAUUUCAUUAAUCACAUGUGAAGUUAAAAUGGGAUACAUAUUAUUUCAGCAUAUUCACAGUAUGUGCGCCCAGGAAAUAUCUCCCCAGUCAUAAGUUUAACGUGAAAUGUACAGAUUACACUGCAAAAAGUCAGUGUUCAAAAACUAGAAAAAAAAAUACUGAAAUGAGGAGCAUUUUAUUUGAACUAAGCAAAAUUAUCUGCCAAUAGAACAAGAACAUUUGGCUUGUCAAGACUUUCCAAAACAAGUAAAAUUAGCUAAAGUCAAUGAACCCAAAAAUACCUUAAAAUAAGUAUAUUCUCACUAAUAACAAGUGCACUUUUCUUGGUAGAAAAAAAAGAGACCUUUUUGCUCAAUAUGUUGAAAAAUUUUCUUAAAUUAAGUAAAUGCUAGUGCCAUUAUCUUGACAUAAUGAUAUGCGCUCGGCAUCAUGAUUUUUUUUUUCAUGCUUGAAGUAAGAAAUUACUUUAAAAAAGUAGUUUUACACUUGUGAGUGUUGAUGACACAGCUUUGCAACAGUUGUUAUUCUAGUUUUAAGUAUGUUUUACUCAAUAUAGGUCAUAACAUCUCAGCAACAAGCUGUAAUAUCUUACUGACAUCAUUUAGGACCAAAACCCUUAAAACAAGUAAAAUACUCUAACAUAACAUCUGCUUAGUGAGAAGAAUUAUCUCAUCAGACAGAAAAUAAGCAAAUAUCACCCUUAUUUGAGAUAUUUCAUCUUACUUAGAUUUCAGUUUUUGCAGUGUACCAAAAGCAAUUUCCAAACACAAAAGUGGGGUCACCAACCUUUUUGAAACCAAGAGCUACUUCUUGGGUACUGAUUAAUGCGAAGGGCUACCAGUUUGAUACACACUUAAAUAAAUUGCCAGAAAUAGCCAAUUUGC